CGCCUGGGCCGGCGGAGCGCGGCCCGGUCCCGCCCCGUCCCGGCCCCCGGCGCGGCCCUGCCCUGCGAGGGCCGGCAUGGAGAAGCUGCGGCGGGUGCUGGCCGGGCAGGACGAUGAGGAGCAGGGACUGACGGCGCAGGAUAAAGUGUUGGACCUAGCAAGGUCCUUGAUGCCUCAACACUCAGCUUUGGAACUCGAGUCAGAUGGUUUGCCAUAUGCUUUGUUGCUGGCAUUUUAUGUUCUUUUCUUGGAACAGCAUUGCUAUGGCUCCCAAAGGGGAUCAAACUUUUUGCAGUGUUCUACACCCUGGGAAAUAUUGCUGCUCUCGCCAGUACAUGUUUCCUGAUGGGGCCCCUGAAGCAACUGAAAACAAUGUUUGAUCCGAAACGAUUAAUAGCUACGAUUGUGAUGUUGCUUUGCCUAAUAUUGACUCUGUGUGCUGUAUUCUGGUGGAACAAAAAAGGUUUGGCAAUGUUAUUCUGCAUAUUGCAGUUCUUGGCAAUGACCUGGUAUAGUCUGUCUUAUAUUCCUUUUGCAAGGGAUGCUGUGAUUAAAUGCUUCUCAUCCUGUCUAGGGUAAAUUAAAACCAGGAACCACUGUCCGCUUUAAAAGGCAACUUUUUUUCUCUGUAAAUUUUACUCAAAAAUCUCUACUUUGCCGCUUCUGAAGUACCCAGUAGCAGUUUUUUUCCUUGCCUUUUGCACUUGGGAGAUUAAAUAAUUUUUACUAGAAACAGUUUUUUAAAUAAAUUUAAACCAGAAUUAUUUGUGUUUACCUUGAAACUUCCAGGCUUUUUUCUAACAAGAAAGUACAUUUAAAUACUUUAUACAGAGUGGUCUUAACACUACUUUGUAUCCAGUAACAGUUUAUUCCCCAGUGGAGGCAAGUCACUAAGGCCUGGGUAGUGUGCAUAAAGGUUUCAUUUAUAGUUCUGUCUAAAACUUGCAAUGUGCCAUUUAUGUUUGUAUAUUAUCCAUUGUAUGCUUUUCCAAAGACAGAGUUUUAUAAACAUUGUAAAGAUUUGGAAGGUUUGUAAUUAACUGCUCCUUUGAAAUGUCUAUACAUGUGCCUUAUGGAAAAAACUUACUGAGAAUGUGAAAGGAAUGUUUAAAACCUGUUGGAUUUUAUUAAAAAAGUUGUAUUUUAAAUGUUUUUUUUUUAAAUUUCAUACCUAAAUACUUUUUACUACAAGAACUUAUGACUAAUGUAUAAAUGGGACUUGUGAAAUAAAUUCAUUUUAAAAGUGCCUUAUACAUUAUUAUUUAGGAAUCAGCUAUAGAGGGCUGAAAAUUUCAGCAUUACUCUUGAAUAAAAAUAAAAAUAUAAAUGUUUGUAUAUGACUAUAUCCAAAUUUGUUUGAUAGAUUUUCAGAAGUGACCUUAAAGCUUCUUUUAGUAUUUAGACAGACUGUUCAUUCUGACUUAAUCUGGUAAUAGAUUGACGUACUGUAACACUUUGCCUGGCUUCAGUAAGAGAUUCUCAUUUCUGAUUUUUUCAGCUACGAACUCUCCAGUUAUUCUGGAGCAAAGUUAAAUCUUUAAUGUUUGGUUGAUAUUAUAUUGCAGGAGGUUCUUUUUUGCACAGGAUGGAUAUGCUUAUAUAUGUGUGUUCAAAACUGAGUUGGUUUAGAUUUUUUCUUCUGUUCAUCCACAAAUCUAGAAGAAGGAAUUGCUUUGAAAAGAUGUGAUCUGCAGUGUCAGGAAGGAGAAAACCUCAGUGUUUUUAGUAUUCAAAGUUCAGGCUAAAGAGACAAAUUGAGGUACAGUAUCUUCCUGUUGAGUAUCAGUGCAUGUUGCAAAACAUAGCUACAACUUUUGGGGAAGCUGUGUACAGGGUGAUUGCAUUACUUUGCAGCUAGACUUCCAACUAAGCCACGCCCUUUAAACUGGUUAGUGACAAUAAAUUGCCAGGGAGGCAUCGUCCCUGCUGGUGAUAGCCAGGGGCAGGUAGUCCUGGCCUCACAGCAGGGCUUGCUAGAGCUGUGUGAUGUAGGGACAGCUAUUCCAACUCUGCCCACGGCCCUUGGGUGAAUUUUUGGCUCCGUUUAGUUUUCAGCUUGCAUUGAAGAGGAAGCAGGAUGUGCGUGGGCAGUGAUGGACAUCAUCCUGGAAGUGACUGCCCCUUCCCCAGUCGCUGCUGCUGACCUCAGCUGACUGGAAAGAUCCCGUCCCAUCCUGUCCCAUCCUGUCUCUUGUGCUAGGCUUUCAUUUGCUCCAGAGCUGGUUUUGCCCAUCACCCACCAGUUCUGGUGGUACACAAUCACCUUCACUGUAGUCUUUAAUUAGAGUUACAUUGGUUAUUCAAAAUUUAUUUAUUUAUUUAUCCACUGUGGUAAAUGAUGAAGUUGCCAUUCAUCUGUUAAUGUUUAGAUCAGCAGGAGAGAGUGGGUUCAAGAACCAAAAUCUCCAUGUACUGGUAUGCUUCCACAUGCACUUUGGUCUGUUAGUUACAUCAUGUGCCUUCCUUGGUUUUUUUUCUCUCCUGAACGUUUAAGGGUUUACUUCCUCCAUCUGCAUACAGAGCACUCUCUCUGUGUUGGUUUGCCUGUAUCUUUUGCUCCUUCACAUCCUGUCUUUGUUUACUGUGUAUGAGUAUUCCAAGAGCUCACAGUUGGGGAAUCUUCACAGUAUAGUAAUAACCAUUAUGAUAGUGUGGAAGCAUAGGUGUGAAGAUCUGUCCCUGUGGAUUGCAUACAUGCCCCCCUUUUUUUGAUAAACUUUUGCUACCCUAAUUCAAACAAUGCUUUGAAAUAAAUGCUGUAGAAAUUAUAUGCCAUGACUUCUAAGGCUAAAUUUUGGAGUGGUGGUAAUCAUCUUGGAUCCAUAGGAAAUGUUUGUUUACUUAUUACUGCACCAUGAAACUUCUCCAAACCUCUGUUGGACAGCAACUUCCUAUCUUUUGAAAAGAUAGGAAGUUGCUGUCUUGGAUAUCACAAAAACCCAAACCAAACCCCAAACAAACAACAAACCUCCAACAGAGAGAUGAGCAUUAGCUCUGUGACAGAAGGCGUUGACGCUAGAAGGAUCUCUGGACUGUACUCUUCAUACCAAACCAGGCAGCGCUUGUCCACUGAAUCCGAGGCAGCCAGCCCUAGGUCUGAGUGUGUCUGUCUCUUGGCCUGUCUGCCUGCCCUUAUUCAUAAUACUUCAAGUAAUCAAGGAAAACAAAGUAUCAUUCUUGGGUGUAAGACGGCAAGAGAAUUUAACGUGAUUUUAAAAUACUGCCUUUUCAUGUUUGGACGCUUGAGGACUUGGGGAGAAAUUUAGAGCCUUUUUGCCCUCGGGGCGUGAGCCCUGCCAUCCACUUCUUUAUUUCGGCUCUGCUGUAGAGCGGGCGGGAGAGGACUGGGAAAAGGCGCCGGAGUAGCGCCGCACGGAGCCCGACCAGUGCGGCUCGUUCGGGAGCGCGGCCAGUGCCGGCACGACCCCCGUCCCCGCCCGCACGCCCACCCCGCGCUGGGGAAGGGUGUUCCCGGGGCGGGCGAAGGGCGGGAAGGGGGACGGGUUAUCGAGAGGGAAAAUCGGCGGCUGUCGGCGCAGAGCGAGCUCGCAUUCCGCGCCGGCAGCUCGGGCUCCUCGUCCGCCCGUGGCCAUGGGGCUCCAGCCCCGGCGCGCCGCGGGGCCCUGCCCGCCCGCGGGAAGGAGCGCCGCCCUGCCCGGAGCGCGCUCCUCUCCUCCCUGGGCCCGCAGCGACGAGCCGGAGGGAACUCCCGGGCGGCCCGCCGCGCUGCCGCCCCUGCUGCCGGCCAUCCUGCCGACCCCCUCCGCUUCCCCCGCUGCCGCCCGGGCGCAGCCCAAGAAGCCGCCGGCGGCCGCCUCGGCCCCCAAGAAAGCAGCACCUCGGCCCGCAGAGGAGAAGGCAGCGAGGAAAGCGCGGGGGGCGCCCCCGGAGCGGCCGGGCCCCCUUUCCAGCUCCUGGCCCUGCUCCUCCCUGCAGCGGCCGCCUCCGCGGAGACCGCCGGCCGAGCGGGCGGCGCGGCCCCAGCCCCCCCCGCCGCAGCCGCGGGGCCGCCCGGGGGUGCCGGGGGCGGGCAGCCGCUCCUGCGAGAGCCUCGGCGGGGCGCCGGGCGAGGCGGCGGGGCGCUUCUCGCUGAGCCUGCCCCCGGAGGCCAUCCGGGUGCUGCAGCGCCGCAGCCUGGAGCGGCAGCGGGGGCAGCCCGCACCCUCUCCCGCCGGCAGAGCCGCCCCGGCCCGGCGCGGCGACCUGCGCGCUCUGCUGAAGGUUUCGCUGCUCAACGACCGGCACCGCUACGACGACGAGGAGUACGAGGAGGAGGAGGCGGGGGCCGCCGCGGACGAGGGGCUGGUGCGGAAAUGCACCGAGUGGCUGCGCGGCGUGGAGAGCGCGGCCGGGCGCGACCACCCCGAGCGGCUGGAGACGCUGCCGCACCUGGGCACCCUCUGAGCCCCGCCGGGACCGGGGAGCGGCGCGGCCGGCGGGGGCCGCCCGAGCGGUCGGACCGGGGGGAGCUGGGGCCGCCAUCCGCGAUGUCGUGUUCCGUGUUGUGUUGUCGGCGCCCUGGCAGCGCGGGCGGGUGGCGGCAGGGGCCGGGCAGCGGAGCCCCUGGCCCGGAGCCGAUCCUCGGGGCGCCGCCGCCGCCGGGGCGAGGGACAAAGGAGCGGCGCCGGCCCCCGCCCGCCGGUGCCCGGGUGCUGGGAGGGAGGGCACCGGCUGUGGCCGUCCUGCCUCCACCCUCGCGGGUUUUUUAAAGAUUUCUGACUACUUUAUAAAAUGUGCGUAAUGGUUUUGUAUAUUUGUACAUAAAAGUUCAUUUUUAUUUAUUUGAAUAAAGGACUCUUGUGUUGCGGUA